UUGGAAGGGGUGGUUGAUCGACCAGCGAACUCUUGACUGCCCGUUAGGCAGAGAGAAAUGUGGCGGACAGGGCAUUGAUAGAUCAGUGGAUAUCCAGCAGACAUUCAGAGAGAGAGAGAGAGAGAGAGAGAGAGAGAGAGAGAGAGAGAGAGAGAGAGAGAGAGAGAUGGCGAUUUCAAUAGGAAAGGGGAUGGAGGCGGGUGCUGCUGCACUAGGUGUUUCGGAGGUGGUGUUCCGGUUUUUGAUCUGCUUUCUUGCGUCGCUACCUUGCAGUGCGGGGCUUCGUCAUGUUCCGGGUGUGGUCCUUCGGCAUGCUUACGCUGCUAUCAUCGGUGUGGUACUCGUUCACUUCUCGUUCGGCUUGGAAGGAAGUGUUUAUGUCAUGUCUCCAGUCCUGUUCACCUAUGCUGUAAUGAGGUUGACAUGGAAAAAUGCUGGGCUAGUGACCUUUGCGGGAGCCUUUGGUUUUCUCAUAUAUUGCCAUGUGUCCUUCAUGAGUGGCGAUCGAUGGAAGGACGGUGGAAUGGAUUUCACAGGGGCAUUGAUGGUGAUGACUCUGAAGGUUACAUCCUGUGCGAUGAGUUACCAAGAUGGGAUGCAAGAUAAGAGUAAUCUUUAUGAUUCCCAUGCACGCACUGCUCUGGUCAAGAUUCCAUCGCUGCUGGAGUUCAUGUCAUAUACGUACUGUUGUGGAAACGUCCUGGUUGGGCCGGUGUACGACAUGAAGGAUUACUUGGCGUACAUAGAGCGCCGUGAGAUCUGGAUGGAGGAAGCUGGGCAUCGGAUACCUUCACCAUACGUGCCGGCAGCGAAGUCCUUCGUGCGAGCCCUCUUCUGCCUGAUGGUAUACGUAUGGCUUACACCUUUGGCACCCUGGUCUAGACUGUUCGAUCAGGGGCUUCUGCACGGGCCUUCUUUGCGGAAAUGGGGCUACUUUUACCUGGUCGUGUUUACGUCGCGGUGGAAGUACUAUUUCAUAUGGGCACUCGCGGAGACGGCUUGCUGCCUCUCAGGGUUUGGCUUUUCUGGAUGGAAAAGAGCUAAAGAUGGAACACGGAAACCCGUUUGGACCAGGGGGAAGAAUGUGGACAUCAUUGCUAUAGAAACUGGUCGAGGUGGCGCUGCAUCACUCCCAAAGUACUGGAAUAUCACCGUGAGCAGCUGGCUAAGGGAAUACGUUUACCUGAGGAUAGUUCGUAAGGGAAUGAGGGCUGGAUUCUGGCCACUGCUAAUCACCCAGAUUCUCAGCGGGUUAUGGCAUGGUUUGUACCCUGGUUACCUUCUAUUCUUUGCCAACACUGCGCUAAUGAUCGCGGGUUCAAGAGUCAUUCACAGGUGGGAAAGGUUGGUGUCGCCGAAACACGGGGCCGUGCAACUAGUGCUAGCAGCUCUUCAAAAUAUGUACAGCAUCUUGACAAUCAACUACGCAGCGUUUGGCUUCUUGCUCUUAUCUCUCAAAGAUACGCUCACAAUCUACGGGGAAAUGCACUACAUUGGAACUCUAGUUCCAGUUCUGGUUAUCUUAAUCGGGAUAGUCACACCAUCGCCAAGGGUUAGCAGUAAGGAGGCAUGAAGAAGGUCUGCAAUCGCUUAAUUCCAUUCACACUCGAGAGGGACCCAUCGCCAAGGCAGAGCGGUAAGGAGGCGUGAAGAAGGGCUUGCAAUUGCUUUAGUCCGUUCUCACUUGAGAGGGACCUACUGUGGUGCAUGGGCUUGCAUGACUUCCCUGCGAGCCAUCACCGGGACGGGUCUUCUUAUUGCACUUUCGCCAGGAAGACUAAGCAACAAAUCAGGACAAUUGAUUUUUCGACGGUGAGCAUAACGAAGACCCCCUUGGCUGCAGCGCUCCUCUUUUUGUUGGGUUGGGUUGGGUUGGGUCGAUGUUUCCCCUGGUCUCAGGUGUACAUGCUGCAGGACUUGGUGAAGAGGAAAUUUAUUUUUUCAGACAUUGACAGCGUCAACCUUGGAUGAAUACAUUAGAUUGUGUUUCCCUUUCCAAUUUUUUGAAUAUUCUUUUUGACUUUUAAAAGGGGAAACACGUCCGUAUCCAUAUGAUUGGAUCAUGGUUCCCUGCUCUCUAAGUGAUGUUCAAUGAUUGGAUCAUGGUUCCGUGCUCUCUAAGUGAUGUUCAGUGAAGGAAUGAAGUUGCAAUGAAGAUUCAAUGAAGGUACAAUGAAGGCAAUGAAGUUUCAGUGAAGGUUCAGUGCAGAUUCAAUGAAGGUGACGUGAGCACAAGGCGGCCAUCGUUUUCGGGUUCUUCCACGAAAAAUGGGCAAUAAACAAGCUAGCAAGAGCAAUACAAACCGAGCUAGCAAGAGCAAUACAAACCGAGCUCCCACGAACUGUUGAAAUGCAGACCCAAGUUCGAAUCCAGAUACGAACAGAUGCUGGAAAAUUCUACGAACCAAGUUCUAGGUGCAUGUCAACAGUAGUUGAAGCGGCAGGGAUUACUCUGUACCGAGUUUACUCGUUGUUUCCUUUGGGGUUAUAGGGUACUCCAUGUCUUUCCUCGUGGAGCUUAAGAGUGUAACGUCAGUCCGUUGCUGUAAUAUAUAUAUGCAUUGGACAGGCUCUAAAUUCUCCAACCUAUCGGUGGUUCUUGAUUCGUACCAUGCAACCACCUGCACCUGACCGAUCGAGCGCCGACGAAUUCGUCCUGGAUGUGGUAUUAAAGUGAACCCUUAAUUUCAGAACCUUGAAGACAGAGGCUGUGAGGCGAUGGUGCUUUCAGUAGUAUUAGUCAGCGCUUUAAUACCAUUUGUGUAUGCAGAAUGUGACAUCGCCACGAAAGGACACAAUGAAAAGUGAAACGCGUUGUUUGGAGAGAAAAUAUUUUCUGCACCCACGUUUCCGUGCAUCGAGCGUGAGUCGUGUAGUGCCCAUGCAGGGAUCACGUGGGGGUCCCAAACAUAUAGAUGAGGUAAAAACUUGUGUGGAGUCCUUGGGGGGACAUCUUAAAGUCGGAACGAUACAGAGAAGGUUAGAAAUGGUCUCUGCGCAAGGAUGACACACAUAAACCUAGCAAUGGUUCCCCCCCCCCCAAAAAAAAAAAACCUUGUCUGGGCAGAUUGAACAGGAGCUGGCAAUGUCUGGGGAAGUUAGCGUUUAUACAGAGUGAGCUCUUUCUCCACCACAGGGUAGAUCUGACGUCAGCGGUGUACUCGGUAAAAGUGAAGAGGACCCAGGUCUUCAGCCUUCUUUAUCAUUGGUGUUGGAAUGCGAGCAGCUGAUCUUCCUCGAAGGGUCUGGCGAGCAGAUUGGAGAAUUGCGUGGUGACUUGUGCACUUCCCGGACUUCGAACUGGAGCAGAGGAGGACCUUUGUGUUAUAUUUUGACAGGAAGAGGAAUGCGCUGCUGAAAUGAAAGGAAGUUAUAAUUCAAAGGGCAGUUAGGAAGAUGGGGGGUGGGGAUCUCUCCACAUGUCUGCACGGGAUGCGAGGCAGGAAAUGAUGAGGGAGGGAUGGGAGAGUGUCAGGAGCUCAGCUAGCUCUUGUGGAGAAUCGUGGUCGUCAUUGUUUUCUCUAUGUUAGCGUUGCACGGAGAGUGUUAGGAGGAGCCGAAGAACCGUUCUCGUCAUUGUUUUCGCUAUGCUAGCCUUGCUCGAAGAGUGUUUGGAGUAGCUGGAGAAGCGGUGUUAUCAUUGUUUUCUUUAUGAUAGCCUUGCACGGAGAGUGUUCGGAGGAGCUGGAGAACCGUUGCCGUCAUUGUUUUCGCUAUGUUAGCCUUGCACGGAGAUGGGCCACUGCCGAGGUGUCCCUUUCCUGGACUCGCCAUAUACUCGGUAAUUGGCCACGAAUGGUGUUGCGCGGCUGCGCGAUACUGCACACUGUGUUUUUUUUUGUUCUUUCACUAGCUAUUUAAUGAGCAUCCAGUUCAUCCCUUGUUUUUUUCUUCUUUUUUUUUUCUUCUUUUCCCUUCUUUAUCCCUUUUUUUGGUUCUUUUUUUGAAGUUCAUCCCUACUUUCUGUUUUGCCUAAUGAGAAGCCUCUCGCAUAGGUGAUCUCCGAAUUGACUAUUAUGAGUGCUUAGUGAGGGCCAGAAUUGUUGACAUGUACUGUUCAUUUAGGGAGGUGCCGCGAGUUCGCUCGUGUAUUUGGUUCCCUUAAUGGAGUAAUUCUUCGGAACACGUUCAUGACAUCACCCUCGUUCUCUGAAGUUAUAAUACACUUAAAAAAAACAUGUUACAUUUUCCGCAAGCAGGGGUCAGAUUGUGUCACAUACCUGUGACUGUACCCAGGCAUGGUGCAGGACCAGGUGAUCACCAAGGCGAGGAGAAACAGCAGUGCGAAGCCUCAGACGACUAAAAGGCACCAAUCUGACUCAUCAGACAUAUGACUUGAAAGUUGAAACACGCUCGCAUAAUCGUCAUGUAGAGAUGCGAGGAGGGAAGCAUAAAUGCAUAUGACCCAUCAUCAUAUAACUCGGCACAUGCACACAUCGUCAUAUGACUCGACACACACACAAAUCAUCAUAUGACUCGACACACAACACAUCAGACUCAUAUGACACAGACAGAAAAUCCCUCCAUGCACACACACAUGGGGAGAGGCACCAUAGAUGAUGGAAUCGAGGGAGAGGAGAGGAGGUGUGGGAAGGAGGAGGAGGAAGAAGAAGAAGAAGAAGAAGAAGAAGAAGAAGAAGAAGAAGAAGAAGAGAGUGCAGCCCAAUGUGUCACCCGAAUAAUAAUAGUCUCUCUUGAGGAAAAAAACAUAUUUUUUUCCAUAGGAAAUUGGAUUAAAAAAUCAAAAGUAAGAAAAAUAAAAGCCGAAAGCAGAG